AUGAAUGCCCAGAAUUCCAUUGGAAGUGUUGACACUCGCAAAGCCUAUUAUAGAGUACAGGCGGCCCUCAUAUCGGCUAUCUAUCAGAAAAUGCUUAGACUUAGUGCGGCCUCCCGUCGGGAAUAUACGACUGGUGAUAUCAAUAACAUAAUGGGUGUCGAUGUGACGGAGAUAUGUGACUUCUUCCGGUCGAUGACCGCCUUAUAUGCCGUACCUAUGAAUCUAAUGAUUGGUGGAUAUAUUCUGUGGCGACAAUUGGGUCCGUCAUCACUGACUUUAUUUGUAAUGAUGGCAAUCGUGGGUCCACUCAAUACAUUUAUUAUGAGAAAAAUCAAUGGCUUGCAAACUAAACAAAUGGAAUUGAAAGACAAACGUAUGGAACAAAUCAGUGAAGUAUUGAAUAACAUUAAACUUCUGAAACUAUUUGGUUGGGAGAAGCCGUUUAUGGAUAGAGUGUCAAAAACAAGACAUCAAGAGUUACAUACACUGAGAAUUGCUAACUAUUGGUGGUCUGCCAUUGACGUGCUUUGGGUUGUCAUCCCAUUUAUGAUCGCCGGAAUCACAUUCACUGUUUAUAUGCUAACAUCGGGUCAAGAAUUUACAGCUAAAACAGCAUUUGUUUCACUUUUUGUGUUAAACAUAUUAAGGUCUCCAAUGGGAAGACUUCCCGAUGCCUUAACCCACUUGACUCGAGCUAUUGUCUCGUUUCGAAGAAUUCGCAAAUAUUUAAGUUGUGAAGAAUUGGAGGAAAGUGUGGAAAGGGAUGAGAGAAGAGACGAUUUAAGUGAUGAGAGAUAUGCCGUUUGUUUGAAAAAGAGUUGCUUUUCGUGGGGUUUAGAAGAAGAGCCGAUUCUAAAGGAUAUUACACUGAAUGUGAAGAAGGGAUCGUUGGUUGCGAUCGUAGGAAGAGUGGGAUCGGGAAAGUCGUCCCUAUUUUCAGCCCUGAUGGGCGAUAUGUACCAAAUGGGAGGCUCGAGGAGUGCAAUGAGGGGUUCGGUGUCUUAUGUGCCACAAUCGGCU